CUCGUACAAUGAAAUAUUACAAAAUAUUCAUAAAAAUAUUUUAAAAUCUAUUUUUGUGCUUAUUUUAAAAUCUUUUUAUUAUUUAAAUGUAUUUUUAUAUAUGUAUUUUUUUAACUGGAGUAAGAGUAAGCGCAGUGCUCCUGUCAUGUAAAGAGGAUCUUUGACUAGCGUUUUUGUAAUCAGUCCUUAGCAGAAGCACAGCAGCAUGCUUCUGCUAGUAGACGAUCUUUGAUUUGUGUUGGUCCUUAAAAACGUCAGAGUGCUCCUGUCAUGUAGAGCAGUGAUGUCCAACCAGGGGUAGUGUAGUGGCACACCAGCAAAUUUCAGGGGGUACGUCACAUUCCAACCAUCACGCAUGUGUGUGCUACGUACUGCAUCCACGGACUCCACUCAUCGAGUCGUGAUCGGCCUCACGUCACUUCUGACGCGACCGGCUCGCUUCCAUCUGCCCUCCUGCGUAACUACACGGAGAUACAUCACCGACAUCAUCAGGAGCAGCAGCAGCAGCAGCAGCAGCAUCACAGCCACAUCGCGGCACGCGACUUCAGCCUGGUAUGGACACCCACGGAGGGCACUGAGCAUCCAGGAACCAUGCCCACUGUCCUGUCCAGUGGCAGGGGGAAACUUUCCUUUGGAUUUCUGCACCGAUGCCCGUUUUCUUCUCAGGUAACAAGAGGCCAACACAGCUGUGCCAAGGAUAUUUGGGGGGACAUGACUCAGUCCUGCAGGCCGUCCCAGCAAGCCUCAUGGGGUGACCAGGCUCAGCGAAUCCUCUUCAACCCUGCGGAUGAAAAACAGGCGACGACCCAACAGAGGCAAGGUCAGGGGGACGCUCCGCAGCGAAUGACCCGUCACCCCCACGUGGCGCCCCACAAGUCGAUGCUUGUCGAUGACCUAAAACUGAGCAGUGAUGAGGAUGACACCCAAAGGGCAACACAUGAAUCAGCUUCCUGGGAUGGACAAAGGAGGGUGAGACAUUCCAGCUCAGACUCCUCACGAUCCAACUCUAGCGUGCAGUCAGGAGUCAGUGGCAGCCCCCAAUCCCGCAGCUCCAGCCCAGUUGCUGCUUCACCCUCUGAGAGCAACAUCAAGGAGCCUGAUCGCCCUCCGUCCGCCCAAUGGCAACUGGAUAAGUGGCUGAAAAACUCCCAGAAAAAAGCUGCAAGAAGUGAACGUUAUCCCACACAGAGCAUUCCUGGACACCCACCUUCGCCACCCACCCUACGAGCCCCAUCUCCAGCAAGAUGCUGGGACAGCAAUCAGGAAUACAGCCCUAGUCAAAGCCCCAUUCCCAGUCCGCAGUUCAGCUACAGGCCCAGCAGCCCCUUACCAAGUCCGGGAUACAGCUUCUGUCCCAGCCCGCUUCCCAGCACCUGUCCAAGUCCUAGCAAUAGUACCGGGUACAGUCCCAUCCUGAGUCCAGCUCCCACUGUUUUCCCUAGUCCAAGCAGAACCCCAAGAGCACAGCAUAGCCCAGUGCAGAGAGAUCCCCCAGGAAGUCCUUUGCGGGGUUAUCAUUACCGUGAAGUUCAAAGCCUCACGACUAAUCCCCACCAGACAAAAAGUAGGUCAGGGAUUGGCCCAUUGUCGAAUAGCACAGAGCGUCCUCCUCACCAGCACAGGCCCAAGUCGAGGCCUACAGGGGACCAAGACCACAGACAAAAUAAAUCCAAAGCAGUUUUAAGCUCUAGCGACAGUCACAAACCACAGCCGAGACCUCAGAACAAUUUGCAUCCAAGCAGUAAAAGGUUAGCCAAACACACAUCAUCACAUGGUGAGCAGAUCCAGGGCGGCAGGCCCGGCCACAGCUCCAACCACAAAACUCCAAGACCUCCAGUCCAGCACAAAACAAAACACCACUUUCCAACUGGCUGUGAAACCAACCUUGGUCAAGGUUCUUGUUCUCAGUUGAGGUCAAAAGCUGCCAGCAAUUAUCACCCGAGAUCCAGUCCUGACCUGCAACCAAGGGCCAAGUCUUGGGAGGCCAAAGCCCUCAGUGCUCAGCCGCAUGUAAAUCCUUCCAAAACAUCACACCAGCAACUCCAGUCCAAGAAACGUGAGGUGGUCCAACGAGAAGCUUUUCUCACUGAAGGUGAGGAGAGGAAACACAGACAGAAGGAGGACAGGCACAGGGAGUCACAAGCAGGGAAAGAUAGGAGGCUGGCGGAGGAGCAGCUGCUGAGACGCCACUGGAUCGAGAGCUCCGCAGAAGACGAGGAGAAGGAAGAGGAGGACGCAGGGGCUAUCGAGAGGCAGAGGAGGAGAGAGAAGGAGAGGACAAAGGAGAAACAACAAAUUCACUGCAAAGAGAGACACCCCCAAAGAAGAACCGAGAACCAGCGAGACCCUUUGCCUUCACCUUCAUCCUCUGCCUCUUCACAUUCAGAUUCGGAAUUCCAGCCUCAAGUUGCCAAGGUUCCAGCAGACUCCACUUCACUCCGCAAGAGAGGCCAACACGGCCCUGGCAGACCUGACGCCAGCAAGUCCCAAGGAACAGAUCAGGGGCAGGAGAGCAAGGCCAGGCAGAAACUUUAUACUCUGGUCCCGUUUGGGCGAAGCGACCAAGCCGCAGAAUCUUCUCAGCGGGGACUGAGGAACUUGGUGGUGCAGAUAGACCUCUGUCUCCUCAGGAGGGUGCCAGACACUCCUCUUAAUUUCACCACCAAAGCCCCUUCUUCCUCCUCAAAGGACAAGCGAAGAGAGGCUAUGAAACAUCUCUCCAUGCCGGACUCUCUCACCAAAGACAGCAAAAGGAAACGGAAGUUGGAGAAUGGAGCGUCGCACAAAGACAGCAAGAGGAAUGUGCCACACGCCAAAGACGUGCCCAGACAUACAGACUCGACAUUUCAUCAAGCUGAGCAUGGCUUUUCAACCGAAACCACACAUAAUGGAUAUUUAGAGGAGUACUUAGACAGUAAGAGGCCACUGUCUCCUUUGUCGCCACUGUCUGAUGGCCCAGAGUCCAUCGGUCCUUCAUCCAAAACAAAAAAUGGCAAUGUGCAUCAUAUUGGUCACACUCACAAGAACAAAGAUAAGAACAGUGACUCAGCACCAGAGCCCAAGAUGGAGGUGGAAUGUGUAAAAGUGUCGAAGCAUCCUUCAUCAGUGUCCUGGGGCCCUGAAGGACGCAGGGCGGCGAUGCCUAACCCAGAGACGCCUCACCAUGCCGAGUACUACUUACAUGAAGCUAAAAGGAUGAAACACCGUGCCGAUGCAAUGGUGGACAAGCUCGGGAAGGCCGUGAACUACGUGGACGCCGCUCUGUCGUUCAUGGAAUGUGGUAAAGCAAUGGAAGAAGGCCCACUGGAGGCUAAAUCCCCUUACACCAUGUACACGGAGACGGUGGAGCUUAUAAGGUACGCCAUGAGGCUGAAGAGCCACUCCGGCCCUGGAGCACGGCAAGAAGACAAACAGCUGGCGGUUCUCUGCUUUCGAUGUCUCGCCCUCCUUUACUGGCAGAUGUUUCGUUUAAAAAAGGACCAUGCACUGAAAUACUCCAAAGUACUACUCAACUAUUUUAAGACUUCGCCCAAAGUGCCUCCAUUGCCAUCCUGCUGGAACGACACUGGCAAGGACACGGAAGGACCCCCUGCUACACUCCUACCCAAUGCCAAACACCUCAAGAGGGGUUCAGAUGGGGACAACGCCUCCCUGUCACUCAUAAGCAUUCCUCAACGUAUCCACCAGAUGGCAGCAAACCACCUGAACAUCACCAACAGUGUCCUGUACAGCUACGAGUACUGGGAGGUAGCAGACAACCUUGCAAAGGAGAGCAAAGAAUUCUUCAAUUACUUGAAUACUCUGUCGGGGCCACUGACGCUUCACAGUAGCAUCGCUCAUGCAGUCCAGUACACCAGGCAAGCUCUUCAGUGGAUACGCAUCAGUGCCAAACUUAACUAAUACAAAGAACUUUCCACUUGAUCUGUCCGACGGAUUUGUCAUCUGGGUGAAAAUUAGCAAUUUUUGGACUCAUUUGGAUAAACCUGGAGAGAUGUGCAUUGUAAUUUGAAGUCUCUAAUCCUUUGCCAAAUGUCCAGCAGUGACAGAAACAGGACUUGAUCACUGUAAUGUCUGCACAUUGUUAUUUAAAGGCCUUCCAUAUGUGGAAAUGGUCUUCAAAGGUCAAAACAAGGAAUCUCAUUCAAUUGCAUUGUUGGAUAGUUUUUUAGGUAUCUAAUAUUUUUAAUAUUUGUUCUACUGUGCAAUAAUAUAUUGUUCUAGUAAAA